GGUGUCAGAAGGAUUUGCCAACUUUAUACCAAAGGAGGACCAGCCGGCAAACUCAUGUGAUGUUUCCCCUAGAGACCAUCUGGAUUACCGUAGACGAGACAACAUACAAAGAUCCAGCCCCCAAAACACUGGGCGAGCUAAGAUAGUGACUACGCUUCGUCUGGAAGAAUGUGACUUUGGACGCGCCUUGGGAGCUCGUACAUUGUAUACCUCACCGCUUAGAAAAUGUCAGAAAACAUAAAGGAAGACAUUCUGGUUACUAAUAUUUUAGUUAUUCAAUGUUAAAUAAAUAAUGAAUAACAUACUAAGUUUUACAAAAGGUUUUUUUUUUAAUAAUUAGUCAAAUUUAAGCGAAUAAAAAAUCGGAACGAACUUUUUAAACACCCUUUAGAUGGUCGGAGGACAAGUAAACCCAACAACAAGAAUUCUUAACGACAACAACAACAAUAAUAACAACAAUAACAAUAAUAGUUGUUUAUUGUUAAUAUUAUUAUCAUAAUCAGGAUUUAAGAGAAAUACAUAAGGUGGGACGAAUUCUAAAAUUAAACUAAAAACUCUUUUACUUUUGUACUGAAACGAAGGAGGAGAGUAAUCACUGCCCACACUAGUCUGUUAACUGAACUUGUUACUACAUACAAAUUCCCUUGUUUAUGUCUUUCCAUACGAUGAUAAACAGUUAUUGGAUGAGGUUUUUGUGAUAUCCGGAGUCAUUAAUAAUUCGUAAAGCAAAAAACAAAAAAGCUAUAUUUAAUUAGUGUCUUUAUAUCUGACAUAGACACGGCUAAACUUUACUUCCAAUUACAACUUACACCAAAAUAACCCAAACUGACUGUAUAUGUGACCUACAGGAUUACUGGAGCACCAGCAGGUCACCACCACCAAAAGAUGCUGUUAACAACUUUGAGCUAGUUGAAGCCAUGGAGAUGGGUGGAUAUACCAGCGUUAAAUUUGAAAGAAAUUUGACGACAGGAGAAUCAAACAUAGAUGUUCAGUUUACGGUAAGGUUGUACAACAAAUAUUCCAGCAACAUGUGUGAGUGAACUCUGUAGCUGGUCUUUACCCUAGACCGUUAAGUAAAACUUAUGAGCUCCUAAGUUUUACUUAAAACGAUACAUGCGUGAAGGCCUAAGAAAAAUUUCAAGUUUUUUUACUUUGCAUCUCAUUGAAGUUGGAUAGUUGAAACGAUUCAGGAAAAAAAGCUUCAAGUGACUUAAAAACCAUCCUUAAAACCGACUUUGCGAACUUUCGCUUUCUUGAGCUUUGUUUGAGGCAAAGCAUAUCAAUCAAUCUUAAUUAUAUUACGUGGGAAAAAAGACUUAAGUUAACCUGAAGUAAAAAAAGAAUCAUUUGUGUCUGGAGCUUUAUUUUAUAUGAUACUAUAUUUUUCACGAAAAAGGUAACCCUUUCGCAUACCUUCCAUUGACGAAUGGUACCCCUUUAACAUACCUCGUUUAGAAGUUUCAUCCUAGGAAUCAAUCACAAAAAUAGAAUGUUUCCUCAACUUCAGUUAUAAAGCCAUAAAAUUCAUCUGUUCGCGACAUUUUUGGGUUAGGGGUACCGUUACUGUCUUCAAUUGGAAUGUAAAUAACGAGUACAGUAAUUGAGAAAAGAAGUUAAAAUUUCCUUUCAGUACAUGAAAAGUUUAUAAAACACGUUUAAAAUUCGGCUAUAAAACCGCAACAGUGCACUUUCUGUGUACCGUAGGUUAUUUAUCAUUUCCACGCCUUUAAUUUAAAAAAACAAAAAAUUCGCAAACUUGUCAGUUGAUACUUUUCAGUUACAAGCUACUGCCGGCUUUUCACAUAGUUUCUUUCUUUGUCUACCUUUGGAAAUCAGAUCAAUACUGAAGUCUAUAUUGUCUGGGCUAUGCACUCAACUACGGAUGCCAAUUCAGCGUUGGCAAAUUUAAGCCCACAGCACACUACCUGGGGAAGAUCAGCAAAUAAGCAAAAUUUGAUCGCUAUGGCCAUGGCUGCAGCGAUGACACCUACCACCACUACCAUGAUGAUGCCAUCCACAUCUGUUGUUUCUACGCCUCAACCAACAGGUAAUAACAGUAGAUAAUAUAGUCUCAGAUUCUAAUUAACUUGAUUACUUCCCGUAAUUACAGUGGAACAUCGAUAUAACGAAGGGCCAAGGAACUGGCAAAAUUUGUUCGCUAUAGCGAGGUCUUGUUAUAUCGUGGUUCAUUUUCAUAUAUUUUACUAUUAGUGGGGUAAAGAAAAUCUUUCGUUUUAUCGAGGAUGUCCUUACGUAGAGGUUUGUUAUAUCGAGGUUCCACUGUAAUUUGUCAGAAAAAGCUAUGAAUGACCAAACGAAGAAGAUCUUCAUCAUUCUUCUAAUAACUUUUCAUCACUGCACAAUUGAAAAAUUAAAAGCAAAAAUUGUGACCUGGUCAUAUUGAUACUGAAACUGAUUUUGUCUCGGGCAACGCUCAAGGGGACUAAAUAAAACUUUUUAUUAUUCUUUCAAAAUAUUUCUCCGUUUCUGAUUGGCUAAAAUCACACGCAUAAUUCAUCAAAACCAGCUACUGUUGACCACAUUUGGAAGAGUUUUGCCCUAUUGAACCGAUGACGUCAAAAGUGAAGCAAAGUUGCAGAUUAUUAAACCGUUAAACCGAGAAAACCUGGGGAGUUGUUUCGAGGUAAGUGAUGGCGAAGCUAGUAAUGGCAGAACAUUUUUCACGGCGAACUAUUAUCUGUAUGUUCUGAACAGAUUUUACGUCAUCAGUAUGGAAUUUCUGUCGCUGAGUCGCAGAUGUCCCUGCUCGCGAAACGUCCCCCAGCGGCGAGGAGCGAGGAAAAACGUGUGUUUUCGCAGGCUCCCUCAUUCAAUAAUUGGCUGCCUAAAACUCAGCGAAAAUUGCUUUUUCUUCAGGAAUAACACCUACCACCAGUACCAUGAUGGUGCCUUCUUCCUCAGUUGGUUUAACGCCUCAAUCAACAGGUAAUGUAGACUAGCCAAUAAUCAUUUCUGUUAAUUUAAUUGUAAGAACAAGUUAUAGCUAAUCAAGAUUUACCUUAUUCUUCCAAUAUUAUAAAAAGCAAAUUGUUGACAUUGUUAAUUCGGCAUAUUGUCAGUGAACUUUAAAAAAAAUCACUUUCUCUACAGUCAGAGCCGCGGAAAAUGAAAAACUUAAAACGAAUAUUAUAAUGAAAGAAUUACUCGUCUAAGCCUUAUCUAAUCAUGAUUACUUGUGUAGUAAUUUAAUGUUUGAUAGUAACUACCUCGAACAUAUUUUUCAUCAUUUCCGAUAACCACCGUUUAAAGCACUUUUCUAUUGGAGUCGUAGAGCCAACCCCAAAUAAUUACGCUGACCACUGAUUAUAAAUUUCAUUGAUUCAGUUUUAAAAUCACAAAUAUCAAGAGAGGAUGGAGAUAUAUGUAUAAGGGAUGGACAAAGACUUGUUGUUGUGUAAGCCCUGCUUCAACACGACGCUGCAUCUGAUCUGAAAAUCGACUAUAUGCAGCUGUAUAUGUUGGAAAGUUCUAAUGCUCAAGAAUACAAAAACUGAGCUUAUGCCAAACAAAAACUUGGAAAAUCUUCGAAACUGUUGAGAACUGCAAAUACUAAAAAAAAUUUUAAAAGAUAUGAACAAGAGAGGAUAAAGGGGACGGAGAACGCAUCCCCCAUACACACCCUAUUCCAUAGGUAAUUCAUCUCGAGUUAUUUUUAACACCACAGAUCCCCAGGGGGAUUAGACAACAGCCAAUCACAUAGCUCGAAUGUGUUCCGCGUGGAUGACCCACGCUCAGAGCCACGCGUCCUUCACGAAUUGACGCAGAACAAAAUGGCGGAGAGCGAUAUUGCUAUUACUAUUCGUUUUGUCGACGAAAACGACUACACAGAGAUUUCUGCUAAAGCUGUGUCAGCGAAACGGAAAUUAAAAAGGAAUCGCCCUUCCUCUCUUGUUUAGAGCUAACAGUACAGCAGGGAAAUCCUUAACACACUGAAUAUUCUCUCAGGAUCAUUUAUAAUUUACAGUUUGAAGAGUGCAAGUUCUGGUUUGAUAUUUAUUCUUUUAUUAGUCUUUUAUUAUUCAGCAAUAAUAACACUUGGCGUCCUUUUUGCUUUAUUGUACAAACGACCGGUUUCAAUAGACCGGCGAAAUUUCUCAUUUUAUUAAAGCACUGAGGUUACGACAACUUCGAGUUAAACUAAUUUCACGGGUUGUCAAAGAGUCCAGCGAUUCCCUUUUCCCAGGUGAGCGCCGAUUCAUUUUGCUUCAAUAUUCAGGAAUGCUCUCAAUCUCUUUACGCUUUCAUUGCCUUUCGCCCGACAUGGGCGACAUGGACGGCGUUUAGUCAUGCGAAACCUCCACGAAACAUCCACGCAGCGCGCGAGUUAACUUUAUUCCGUAUCUAAAAAUAGCUCGAGACGAAUUACCUAUGGAAUAGGGUGUGUAUGGGGGAUGCCUUCUCUGUCCCCUUUAUCCUGUCUUGAUAUGAAUUAAAAUAUGAUGAUUCAAGCCACGAGCUAACAGGGAAGAUUAUUAUUGAAAAAUAAUCUUGAUUUUCAUGGUCACUUACAUUCAGGAGAGAAUGAGUACAUUUUCUUUUGAUAUAUCUUAUUCCUGACCUAACUGUGUCAAUAACAAAAUGUUUGAAUCUGAUUGGUUCUUAACAGCCUAUAUUUAUAGCUUCAUUUUACUCCAAAAAUUUCCGAUUUGACCUGUCCGAUUACCAGGAGCUUGUAAUUGGACAGGUCAAAUCGGACAGUUAAAAAAACAAUGAAAAUCAAGUAGAAAAUACCACUAGCCAAUAAAAGUUAACUACACAGCGCGUGAUAACCAAUCAAAAUCAAUGAAAAAAUAGUGAUCAGAUAAGCUGUCCAGUUGCUACUGGAAAAGAAUAAUGGAUGAAACUGACUGGUCCAGCGACUUUUAAUUACAUUUCACAAUUAUUAUUUGAAAUCGAGGUGAAUAGUGGCUGAAUAUUUACGAGAUUGAGAUUCUCGUAUUUUGUUAUUGAUUCAAUUAAUUAGUCGAGCUUGCUUGAGCAAAGCGAGACUCUAAAAAUGCAGUCGUUUUUUUUUUUUUUGUCGGUGGGACCUAGUUUGUAGGCCACGCGUUCCUAGGCGAAGACCGUGGAAACCGGGGAUAAGAAUCGUGGCGACUUUCACUGUAUGCAAAUGAGUCUCGUUAUUAGCAUGCGGUAUAUUUUCGGCGAUGACUGAAAUGACGCUCUUAAGUUUGGCAAUGAUGUAAUUUCCCUUGAAUGGAGGCCCUUGAUUUUCGUGUAACUAUGCACGACAAGCAGGCAGUGAUUAAAAAGGAAAUAUCCCCAGGUAGGAUGAGAAAAGAUUAUAGCGGGAAAUCCUAUUUUAUGGUGUUUUAAGGCGUUACGUUUCUCAGAAUAUUGUCUUCUACGGUUAAAUAGAUUCACUUUGUUUUAAGUAUUUAAUUGAUAGAUUUUCGCAUUUGUUAAGAUGUGAAGUCGUGUUGCACUUUAUAAAUACUUGACAUAUAUAUCAGGUAUCCACUGUCACGUAAUUUUUACGUGCGUAAAAUUGCCGUUCGCAAAUAAAAUAGAAACAAUGUAUGAAAGGCCGCAAGUUCAAUUAUGCAAGCAUAAAAGUAGAAACUCACUCAACUUGACGUUUAAUCUUAACGUUUUAUAUCUUACCUCUAUUUUAUUUAUGUGAUUAAAAUUUACUUAAGUUAACGUGCGGAGCCAAAAACGCGUCCGUAGAAAUCCACCCUAACGUUACGAAUGUGUCACCGAUGUGUUUAUACGGUAGCUUUGAACUUGACUAUCCGUGCACUCUACUUGCAGCACUUCAUGUCCAUAGAAUAGAAAUCCCAUAUCGAGCUUUUCCGGAACGGUUGGUCCAAGAAUUCUAUCGCUUGAAAGUGUUGUUUAUUUUGGAACAACUGAUCACUUCAGUGGUCGAAAAAAAAAGAAUAAUCUUAAUGAGCAAAACUUCAAGGUUUACUAGAAAAUCAGGAUCGAGGAAUAAGGGAUCGAGGAUCGUUUAAAAAGAACUUGAAAAAAUGAAUAAAUAAAUAAAUCGUGGAUCAGCGGUGAUGUGGGCCGCAGACUGUAGAUAAAUUUCACAGAACAUAACCCCGUUCGCUGUACUGAACACUAAAUUCAAGUAAACUAAUCCGGGUCUGUCUGAGUCAGUGAUUGUUUUGACGAGAAAGUGAAAUUUUCCUGGAAAAUGAAACGCUCUAUCCCAGUGAUACUGUAAUAAAAGAAAAAACUUCAACAAUUUUUAAUUUUUAAUAAAAUAUUGUACAUUUGCUUUCAGUACUCCUUAUUUUUCUUGUAAUUGUUGUAUGCACGACCCCACCAGCAAUGCUGAUCUUUUUAUCGUGCUAAAAUAAAAUAAAGUUCUUAUCUAUCUAUCUACCUAUCUAUCUAUCUAUCUAUUUAUCUAUCUACCUAAAAUGCAUGCUGUGUACAACUCUUAACAUUGUACUCUAAGACUGUACGGAGAUAUUAAAAGUAGAUACUAAGCAACUAUGGAAAAUGUAAUUGCUUUCACGUAAUAUUGAUAUCUUAUAAAACGGACAACAAAUUCAGCAGGAAUACGCGCGAAUUAACUGUGUGUUGUAUAAGGUUCUGUUAAACUUACACAUUUUUCCUGUGCUGAACAUAUACUGUACCGAGCCGUAUCUUGGUCGGGUACAAAGAAGCUAAGUAUAUUUAUACUGACAGAGUCAUGGGCCCCUGAUACCGAUAAAAAUCAUCUUUCAAUUUUUUGAGUGUAAAAUCCCUGAAAGAGUACUCCUCAAUGGGCUUUACCAUUUACCGAGGUAAUGCCCCUCAAUUGAGCAAUAUAAAUAUGUAGGCUAAGAUGUACGGCCUGUCUCUUCUUGCAAUUUUUACUUUUUGAGUAUCUACAUUAUGACAUAUAGCACUCGUUUUGUAUUCCAAACGAAAAAGUAGUACAAAGGCACCGGGGCCUUUGACAACGAAACUCAUCUCCAAGCAAGCGAGACUCAACGCUACUAAGAGCGUUCUUGUUGGUAAUAGGACUUCGUGUCGUAAACUCACGGGUAAUCGGGCUCGUAAUUUCAAAUUCAAAAUUACUCGCUCGAUCACUCGCUGAAUUGUACUCCACUCAGUCCUGUUACCAUUACUUAAAGAUGCAAUAUUCCUGAACGAACUGGAAAUAAGGAGAGGGGAAAUUCGACGCACUCAGAGAAAAAUCUCACGGAGAACAGACGAGAACAAACAAAAAAAAUUAACGCAGACAUGGCGUAAGUAAAGGAAAGCACCAAGAUCCAAACGAAAACGAAACCAAAUGAUCCCCGAGAAACCAGACAACCAUUAAAAGGAAAAAAAUAGACCACAGUAUCAACACUUGUUAGAGACUGUGAGCAAGAUUUUGGGGCGGGGAUAUGGAUAAAGGAGCUUUACCCCCCCCCCCCCCCCCCCGCCCGCCUCCUCAGGCCGGGCUUACUCUGCUCGCAGGAGGGGCAGAAGAACAAUACUAGUAUUCCAAAAAAACAAGAUAAACAAAAUAAUAAUUAUUAUAUGAUAAAUAAACAAAAAAAUAAUUCUAUUUGACUUUUAAAUAAAAAAAAAAAAAAAAACUAGAGGAAAAAAAAUAGAGAAGAAAAAAAACAACCAAACAAAAAAAAAAAAAAAUCCCCCACAAAAAAACAACACAAAAGAAAAAAAAAAAAAAAAAGCCACCCCAAAAAAAGCUUUUUAAUUCUGGGAAAAAAAUUUUGGGGGAGGGUAAAUGAUAAAAGAUUAUUCCCCCCCCCCCCCCCCCCAAGGGCUCUCUCGCAAGAUGCGCAUAUUGUGACCGGUGUGUGAGCCACAAUUACUGACUUUUAUUCAACACCGGAUACAUGUACAUACGACUUUUGUUAGAACAUGUUAUUUCUACACAACCAAUUUCAUUCAGGGUUUUAGUUGGGGAAGCCGGAGCUUAACAAUUAUAACCGUCUGAUAGGAUAAUUUGUACCUUAACGCGUUCAAGUAAACAGCAAUAUUAUCCUAAAUUUUUUAGUGAUAGCUUAACUAAUAUGAAAAAAACAUUGGAGGGAAUAAACAAUGUACUUGCCCGUAAAUUGAAGAACACAAGACCUAUUACUUUUAUUAAAGACCCUAAUGACAAUGAUUCUGUCACCAGUGACCCAAGCAGAAUAGCCAACGUUCUUAAUGACCAUUUCGCUUCUGUUGGACCUAAACUGGCAAAUAAGUUACAAACCGUUCAGCGUAAUUAUUUUGAUUUUAUGAACGGAUCUAACACUCGUGACUCGUCGUUUGCUUUCAACCUACAAUACUCGUCACAAAUCGUUUAAACAGGAGCCACUUGUCUUGAAUUUUCUCCAAAUUUCUUACAUUCACUCUUCACACCUUUGUUAUCACUCAAAUGUGCCCCUCUCCUUCCCCAAUGUUGAGCCGAGCGUAUUUUGGAGCACUGAAAUGACUGCAAACCCAAAUCAACAUUGGGAAGGGGAAAAUCACACAAGUGUUUCAAGAUUUGUGACGAGGAUUGUAGUUACCCCAAACUGUUAACUGUUGUCAUGUAUUAUUAGUAAUACCGUUAGUUUAUCAGUAGUCUGUAGUCAUUGUUGUCAAUUUUAGUUUUUUUAGUUCUCUUGUUACUUUUAGUUGUAUUUAGUUGUAUUUAUUUCCUGUAAACAUAACCCACCUAGAAUAUCUUAGCUACCCGCCGGCAUGUUAUAAUUGUACUUUUAGCUCAAAACACAAUAAAAAAUGCAUCUAUGUAUAAGAUCGUGUAAGUCACACGAAUAGUACAUUAUUUUAGCGUUUUGGUAAGAAACCGUGUUUAACAUGAUCUUUUUAAUCCUUAUCUCUUCGUUAAGCAGCCACGACCGUUAGUUUCGGUGAUAAAUUUAUGCUGACCUGGAUAUACAGCAACAACAAGUUGUUUUUCACAUUGAGAUGCAAAACCACUGGUUGGUGUGCAGUCGCCUUUACAACAGGGGAUGGUAGAGGCAUGAAGGAUUACGAUAUUGCCUUGGGCGGGGUCACUUCCGAUCGCAACUAUCUUGAUGUAAGUAAGAUGGAGUUUCAUUCUGUAUAAGGAACUACCCUACUUUUGAACAUUUGACGUCCUCCAGAUGGGCUAGUGCAUUGAAUAGCGUUUCCAAAUUUACAGUAAGACCCAAGGAAAUAUUACCAUUACUAGUAGCUUAUACAACACUGAGAUCACUAUAUAUAUGUAUACAUACUACAUACAUACUUUAUUAACGUGACUAACACUUAGAUAUAAAGCUAGUUUACAGGUCAGUCGAUACAUGGCAACGAUAUAAACUUUUAACAUACUCUUGAGUCAACAGGGAGGUAGAUAUCGCUCAUAUUUAUGCCUACCGCAGCUAUGUAGCGGUAGUUAAGUGCGCGGUAAGUUAGUCCGCAACGGAUACUCAAUGUUCAUAACAACAAAAUCUGUUCUUAUAAGAGAUCUAGAAAACCUUUAAUGUCGUCAAAAAAGGAUUCAAACCGCAGUUUUUAAGACAAGAUCUCCGAACAAGAAAAACCUGGUUAGAAAAGCGAACGAUCCACUGAACGUGAAAAUGAGGACGUAAGUGAAUAGAAAUAAGGAAACUAAGGAGACUAUAGACAGUGUUCGUAUGUUGGCUGAAGAGAAAGACAUUAUGACCUUCAAAAUCGUGCGUAAAAGGCCAUUCAAGCAGUGCAAUGGGCAACAGGUCUCAGAAAUUUCGCACACAGCACGAGGUUGUAAUUUAAGAUUUAAUACCGUAAAAAGUGACGGUCUGUGUUAAAGAGGUAAGAGACUUUGUUUCUUUACCCGUAGGACUACUGGAGCACCUCAACGACAAAACCAUCAAAGGAUAGUGCAAAUAACUUUGUUCUUAGAACGGCAACCGAGGAUGGUGGAUAUACAACGGUGCAGUUUGAAAGAGAUCCAGAGACAAGCGACACUGAUAACGAUGUUCAGUUUAAGGUAAGUUCUUCCUUUUUUUAAAUUUUAUCUCCGGGUGGGACCGUGGCUUCCAAUCCCAUACGCCCCACCCGGAGAUGGAAAGGAGCGGGACUUUGGGUACAAAAGCGAGCCAUCCCUGCGGGAAGGAGGAUGGUGCAACAACCUGUUGUCAGGUGUUCGUGUGAACGAAGAGAGGAAAAAAAGGAUAAAAUACGUCUAUUUACACUAAAUUCGUAAAUAUUGUGUAAAGCCGGUUUUCCUGUGGAUCCACAGAUGCGCGGAAUUAAAUACUCAGGUCCAAAGGGCAAAGGGGCGUUUGUUUGUGACGGCCGCGAGUGAGAACAGGCAUGUAGAAAAGUCCUCCCUGGACAGAGGGUCACUUCCCCACCGAGUCAUCUUUAGCACGGAGCGUUUAUGUGAACAAACCAAGAGCUGACAACAGCGCAAGUGCAUGCUCACCUUGACUGAGUUGACCCGGCUUGACGAACCAACUUGAUUAUAUGGAGAAAAGUUUGCCUGACCAACGAAACAUGUAACCUGGAUAGGCGUGUCAUCCUACAAGCCGAGCCAACUCUUUAAUUCUCGUUAAAAGUUCACCAAGUUUUUUAAGGUAAUGUAGGAAUAUUUGGCUAACCCAGGAUACUAGCUCGGGUAGGCAAGUGACCCUUCUAUCUCAGACAAGUCUUUUCCAUACAUACAUAAAUACAUGUUUUAUUUGGAGUCUUAGCCCGGGAGGUGGGUAUGUGCCGCUGACCUCUCAGAGCCCCUACCCCAUUAUAGUCUAUUCUGUGACCAAUUAUAGACCCCAUCUUUUCGCGAUCCUAACUUAGUCACUUUCUGUUUUUAUGAAUUGACCCAUUUUUUAAACUGAAUGAAGAACACUUUACUUUUUACCUACAGUGCAAACAUUUUGGUACGUUUGCUAACCUUAAAUAUGUCUGUCUUACCCCAUAAAAUCCGAAAAUGUGACCCCAUUCUAGUAACUCUAUUGAAAAUGCGACCCCAUCCAGCGGCACAUCCCCAUUAGCCUCUUAUAAGGAGGAACCCUCCCCCGGGGGGGCCUUAGGAACUUGCUGCUGUUUCAGAAGGUUGAAAAUAGCAUGAAAUUCUUUACAUAUUUUUUUAUGUAGCCUGGUACUGAAGUCAUGAUUGCAUGGGCCAUGCACAGUUCUAUGGAUGGAAAUGACGAUAUUUCCAGGCACACCGACAGAGAAGUACUACCAACCAAGUACAUACUGGUCCCAGGAGCAGCAAAUAUGCUGGAGUCACGUGUCAUGCUUUCUGCGAUCCUGGCCGCCAUUGCUGUCUAUUUGGUGUCCUAA